AAUUAGGUUUAACGAAAAGAAUAUCAAAGAGAUUUCAGACGUCAUGAAAUACAAGAUGCCCAAGUACGAAUAUAUCAAUAUGGAUUCGGGAUGGUCAGAGACAUUCGAUGAAUACGGUCGCUGGACAUAUCGAAAGGAUCUUUUCCCAAACGGACUGAAAGCGGUCUCAGAUCACUUGCGUAAGAACGGCCACCAAUUGGGGAUAUAUAUUUUGCCUGGUAUUCGAAAAGAUGCGUACGAUGCGAACGCACGAGUGAAAGGCACGGAUUACCGUAUGCAAGAUUUGGUUGUGAAUAAAAGAGAAGGCAAUGGAUUCAAAGGCGCAACUUAUAUGCCCGACGCACAUCUUGAUAUUGUGCAGAUCUAUUACGACUCAUUGGCAGAACUCUUUGCCGAGUGGGGUGUCGGUUUUGUUAAAAUUGAUGGAUGCGGUCCUGGCGGCGGCGAUCAAUUCUAUCCUUACCAAUCUCCUGAUAAUCGCGAGUGUUUAAAAAUGUUAGCCAAAGCAUUUCAGCGCUUCAACAUCUGGAUGGAGCUCUCUUGGUACAUGGAUCACUCUUAUGCAGAGGACUGGGCACGACUUUCAAACGGCGCUCGCAUCUUUAUCGACAUUGAAUCUUACUCUACGCGGACGAUGACGACUUCACAUCGUGUAUUCCAACGUGUUACUCAAGCAGCGCGAUGGAUCGACACAGACGUUGUUGGGAAGGAAUAUGGCUUUUUUGUCGAUUUGGACGUGGUGCUAGUCGGUAUGGUUGUUGGAGGAAAAUGCGUAGAUGGAUUGGAUAACGACGAUGUGAGAAAAACCUAUAUUAGCUUUUGGGCUAUUGUAAGUUCUGUUUUCUGCAUUGGAUCUGAUCCACGGGCUAUACCCGACAAAUAUCUUGCCUUCCUCAAUCAUCCCGGCAUUUUGGAGAUCCAUCAAGCUGGAAAUAUGGCUAGACCAAUCGGCUCUGGCAACGUGUGGCUUAACCGCCGACAAAUCUGGUGGAAGCGGAUGCCAGAUGGUCAGAUAUGCUGUCUAUUGUUCAAUGCACACACGUAUAUCUUCAUGCUUGGCUUUAGCCAUGAUAUUCAGUUGGACUUGACCGAUGUUGGCAUUGUUAGCGCAGCUAUACUGGAUGUUUGGACAGGCGAAAAACUUGGCGUACACAAUGGAAGCUACACGGCCCGCCUUCGCCCUGGCCAAUGUCAAAUGCUUAUGCUGACACCAAUGUAGAAAUACUCUAUAUACCACACAAAUUAUAUACGCAUGUUUUUAAAUGUUCAUUGUUAUUUUGUUAUUUUGUUAUUAUUUCGGUUGAUUAUUCUGUUUUCAGUUUUAAUACAAUUUUUUUUAAAAGCUGGUAGUCAUCAAGUUCAG